AGCACCGGAACACUGCACCAUCACGAUGACUGCUGCAUCCAUAGCCUCCACAGACAUGAGGCUUCUGCUGCAAGAUGAUGUUUUUGCUGACUUCUUCAACACCUUUCUGAACCUUCCUGUUUUUGGCCAGACACCCCUUUACAUCAGUGGCAUGGGCCAGUGGUAUCUGUGGCCGGAGCUGCCGAGAUUCCUGGAUCCCAGCCCCGCGGCUUUACUGGCUUGGUUGGAAAAGCACCGGCUGCCUCACUUCUGCAAAUCCAGCCUGUGCCUCCACCUCGUCCUCUGCCAGAAGCUGCUGGGUUUCAUUCGCUCGGGGGAAGCAGCAGAGCUCCUGAACUGGCAGAGCGCUGACCAGUGGCUGCUGGAGAGGUGCAUCAGUGGGAGCCACGGCAUGCGGCACUUCUGCGCCUUCAUCCGCGGAACAGCAGGGGAAGAACUGAUCGACUUCUGGCUCAUCACUGAAAGGCUCCUGGGCCUGGAUGAGUCAGAUGGGAGUCAGAGGGACCUGUUCUUGUCCCUGAUCCACAGGCUGAGAGCCACUCACCUGCGUGAAGGCUCCAGCGUGGUCACCCUCUGCACCACCAUCGCUGGAUCUCUGCCGAAAGCCAGGCACAUCCAGUCCAUCAGCACCAGGAGGGACAUCCUGAGCAAGAUGCAGGAACAGGCCCUCUUUAUCAUUCAGAGUUACUGGCUCCCUAAAUUCUUCGUGCACUGCAAAACAGGAGUGGAGGAAGAGGAAUCGUGCCAGCCUUUGCUCCAGGAAUAUCAGGAACGUUUAUCACGGGCCAGCUGGCAGGAGCCCCCAGGCCUUUCAGAGCCCCUCCCCAGGAUGCACAUCCAAAGGAGUCAGGGUGUGUCAGGGCCCUACUGCAGCUGGAGGGCCAAAGCAGAGGUCUGGGCUCAACCCAGUGCAGAGCAGGAUCUAGAAAACCUCUGUAAGGAGAAAAUCCUCUCUGACCGGCUUCCCUCUGCAUCCCUUGGCCGGCUGCGAUCCCUGAAAAAGCGAGUCAAGACCCUGGAUUUCCUUCCCUGGGCGCUGAGUGCUGAUGCCUGUGCAGGACGACCCUUCAGAGAAUUCCUGCAGCGCCGGAACCGGCCCAUGGAGACUCAUCUCCUGGACCUGUGGCACGACCUGGAGGAGUUUCUGCCCGUGGUGCUGGACUCCAACAGGGAAAACAGCUUCUUCCUGCGCCAUUUGAUUGGGGAAAAGAUCUGCAAGACAUACCUGGAGGAGGGCAGCAUUGAGAAGCUUCCCGUGGAGACCAGGACUCUCGUGAGUUUGUGGAACCAUCUGAUAUGUGGAGAAUUCUCCCCCUGGAUAUUCAGAGCCCAGAUGGAGAUUUGCAAGGUGCUCUGCAGCGUCUAUGAGGAAUUCCUGGCCGACGACGACAGGACGUUCCUCCAGUUCAUGGCUCCAGGGAUAGAUGUCUCCAUACUCGAGAUGCUGGGUUAUGCUGCUGGCAGAGGACAGUAUUUCCACCUGUUCCAGAGGAUGAACCAGUCCCUGAAGCUGAGCCAGGCCUUGCUUAGCACCAGCAGCUUGGAGGGGGUCUCCUCCAAGCUCUGGCAAUUGCUUGCUGUUCGGGACCUCCAGAAAGGGGGUUCCAUCCAGGCAGAGCUGGAACUGCUCCUGGGCAGUGCUGAAUUGCAAAGGAUGAUGGCAGGUGAGCUGGCUGUGGAUAGCCCAGGCAAAGAAGAGGAGCUCCUGCAGCUCAUGAAUGCAGCACUUGCUGUUGCAUCUGAGAGGAUUGCUAGAGAGAAUGCUGCUGCUGCUGCAAGGAAGAGGGCAUCUAGAAAACGCAGUUUUGAGGAGGAUGACGAGGAGGAAGGACCUCCAAAGAAGAAGCAGAAGAAGGCAGAGAAGCAGACACAGCAGCAGGAGGAUUUGUUGCUCUGGAGCAAAAAGUCCAAGUCCAGGCGUCGUCAGCAUGGGCAGGAAGGGAGAGAGGGCAAAGAGACACAGGCACAGAGGAUGGUAAGGAAAGAGCCUGUGUGCUGGCAGGCUGAGGGUAUUUGCCAGGCAAGAAAGAGAGGAGGUGCUGUGAGACAAGGGAUGUCACAUAAAUGGAGUGAGGGGGUCACACCUGGGGAGCUGCAGGAAGGCAGCAGGGAAAGGCUCCCUCCUACAGGCUCUGGAGUCCUGCUCCACACAGACUCCACCACAUCAGAAACUGAGAAAUACUGGGUCCCAAAUCCCACUGCCAAGGCUGCUCCAGCUCUCAGGGUGGGGUCAGACAGCAGGGCUGAGCCCCAGUGCUGCAGCUCCCUGGCUGAUGCCAGCUGUGCUGUGUUUCUGCAGGAAUGGGCCUGGGAUGCCAUCCGGGAGCUUGUCAGGAGCUUCUGCAAGUUCCGGAGGGAGAUGAAAAAUCAGAAAUGCCGUGCAGAAUUUGAGGAGUUUCUCCGUCAGGAGCGAAUAAACGAGCGGGAAAACUUGCCUGUGAAGGAGAAGAAGAAGAGUCCUGCGAAGAGCCCCGCCAAGGGCAAAGCGCAGCAGGAGAAGGUGACGCUGGUAAAGCGCCGCAUCUUGGACAAACAGCUCAUCGUUGUCAACUUCCUCGUCAAUGACCUCCGCUUUUACCUGGAGAUGGACAAGUUUUCCAAGCUGGCUGAGUGCAAGGACGCUGUGGCACCCCGCAACGCACCAUCAGAAAAGAAAGUUGCCUUCCUCAGAAAGAAACAUGACAUGAUCAGCAAACUUUUCCUGGACUCUGAUAUCCCCCCCAAGCUGCGGGUCAACAUCUCUGAGAAAGAGAGGGAUUCAAUCUGUCGUUUACCUUCCAAGAAGCCGCUGACCCGGGCUGUAUACCACAGUGCCAAGGUCACCCUCUUCCCCAUCCUGAUGUACUUCUGGAGAAGGUUCUGCAUCUGGAAGGUGAUGAGAAGCUACCAAAAGACCCGUGAGGACAAGAGCUUUGGGCUCACUAAGGGGGACAAGAAAUCCCGGCUCCAAAAGGGAGAGAGGAGCUCUCAAGAGCCCAAACGGGGCAAGGGCCACAAGGAGGGAAAGGUUUCAGCCUCUUCACGUCCUGAAAAAACCCCCUCCAAAGCACCUGAGAUCCUGGAUCUCACGACAGUGCUGGCUAUUGUCCUUGCUGAACGUUACGCUCCAGGUAAAAGGCCUGUCCUCACCUUCAAGCUGUCAGAGGGCGUGGAGCUGCUGGAGCCAUGGUCCCGGAGGAAAUCCAAGCCUUCAGAGGAGCUGAAGGAUCUGGAUCCCAGUGAGGAGAAGAGGCCCUCAGUCAGUGAGCCUGCCCCUCAGGAUGGGGAUCCCAGAGAGAAGAGACCCUCACUCAGCGAGCCUGCCCCUCAGGAUGGGGAUCCCAGAGAGAAGAGACCCUCACUCAGCAAGCCUGCCCCUCAUGGAGAUCCCAGAGAGAAGAGACCCUCACUCAGCGAGCCUGCCCCUCAGGAUGGGGAUCCCAGAGAGAAGAGACCCUCACUCAGCGAGCCUGCUCCUCAGGAUGGGGAUCCCAGAGAGAAGAGACCCUCACUCAGCAAGCCUGCCCCUCAGGAUGGGGAUCCCAGAGAGAAGAGACCCUCACUCAGCAAGCCUGCUCCUCAGGAUGGGGAGAGGGUCCCACAGGAACUAAAGGAAGCUCAACCCUCCCCUUAGCAGCUCUCCCAAAACACCACUGACACAGGAAUCCAAGGAAGUGAUCCAAGUGAAGCUGAGCAGCCUGGACACAGGGAAUCAUUUGCACUCAGCAAUGAGACCUAAAAAUAAAGCACCUCACAGCAUCCUGCAGCUUACCUGGUGACAGCCCAGCAGCUCCCAGCUCCCAGCUGGCAGGGAUGUGCUGUGACACAUGUUUCCAGCUGGAACACCAUACAAAGCUCCUUCCUCACAUGGAUCUGUCAAAUGCACCUCAGCUCCUCACCUUUCCACACAAAUUAGAUACUUGCUGGGGGUAGCAAGGCUGAGAGAGCCUGGUGGCUUCACUUACUCAGCUGGGUGCUGAGGUGGUGCCUGUUUUGCCAAAGCCCUUCUGAUUUUCCAGCAGAAAUCAGCUCAUACCUGACUGGGGCUUCAGCAUGCUUUUUUUUUGGUGAGGUUUGGGAUUUUUAUUGUAUUUUUUUGAGUCAGUGGUGUUUACAAAGCACUAACCAAAUCUUAGCAAGGGCUUUAAUUUUCCCCAGGUGGAACUGAGUCAAAGUGCCAAGUCACCAGGAAGCUGCAGAAAUCACAAAUAUUCCUUGGACCCUGUGAAGAAAAGACCAUAAUCUUUAUCAGUUUGUCAGAGGCAAGCUCUCAGCUUUGUCAUUUUGAGCUUUUUUUAACAACUUUUUAAUCCCAGAUCCUAGAAGAAUGCAUCCUGGGAAUAACACCAGGUACAUUUUGAGGCAGAUGACAACAUGUUUCAUAUUUAUCAGUUAUGAUUAUCAACACUUUGCCUCUGGAGGAUCAAAAAUACCCAAACCCAAGAACAUUUAUUUAACUGAAGGGCUUGGGAAGCUGAUACCAUUCCUACAACAUGAAAUGUGACCAACUCUCAGCACUGCUCCUGUGCUGGAAGUUGAAGCAGAGUGAUGGAAGAAGUGGCAAAGGUCAGAGAAAGGUGGAAAUGUGGCAUUUUACAGGAGGCUGGAGGAGCCCAGCCCAUGGCCUCACUUCUCUUCAUGCAAGAGCAGAAAUGUGGCACAGGGCACCCCACAGCCCCCUGCUGCCCCCACUGCAUCUCUGGGUGUCCUCCUGCCUUCUGGGCAUGAGAAAGGCACAGUGAGCAAGAAAAAAAAAAACAAAAAGAGCAAGGAGGAAAGGUAAAAAAAACCAAAAAUGUUGGUGCAAGAGGAGCCAGUGUUCUCCUGGUUGCGUUUUCUCAUCAACAGUUGUGUAGUCAAACUUUCAUAAUGUAUUUAAAAGGUUCCCAGGUCCCUCAGAAGGAUCUUUGCUUCGAGGCAGGACCACUGAUGCAGGUGGUGGUUUGACAGUGCUGCAGAACCUCUCUUCCUGUGCAGAGGGAAUGGGGAAACCUCAUUCCUAAAGGAGUGCAGAGUCAGUUUUCCAGUCAAGUUUAUUUCAAGUUUGUUUCUCCAUGGGGUCAUUGAAAGAAUUACAAUCCCAGUUUGGGGAAAAAUUAAAAAAACAACACACAAACCAACCUUUUCACAGCUGAAAAACAUUUCCAUAAGCAACAUAUAAUCACAGUGCAAAUCAGAGCAUCCAAAGCUCGUGGUUGUUACACCAAACUCUUUGGAAUCUUUCCUAAUUUAAGUCCUCCAUAAUCUGUCCCUGCAUGUGCUUUAUCCCAUCUCCUUACCCACAUCUUCAGCUCUUUUGCAGGUGAAUAAAUAA